UUCAAACAGACGACAGAGAAAAUUUUCUCUAAAAAAGAACCAAACAUUACACACACAUUAAUGUUUUUCUUGUCUGUCUGAGUAUAAAAAGACUGUUUCAGCUGCCUGACUCCAACCAGAGUGCCAUCCAUCAUGGAGAGAUCUCUGGUGCAAAUCACCCUGUUUGGGCUGCUCCUGGCUUUGGUUACCACACUACCAAACAAGGACAACUGGGACAUCUACAGCUUUCACAUCAACUCCACAGUGAGCAGUCGUUAUGCAACCACUGUUAUCACGAGCCGCGUGGCCAAUCGAAUGGAUGAGUCAAAGGAAAUAGAAUUCCAAGUCCGGAUUCCCAAGAACGCCUUCAUCAGUAAAUUCAGAAUGUUUAUAGAUGGCCAAGUGUACGAUGGUGUUGUGAAAGGUAAAGAGACAGCUCAGCAGCAGUACACUGAGGCUGUGUCCCGAGGCCAAAGCGCUGGGAUUGUCAGUUCUGUAGGGAGGACCCUCGAGGAAUUUAAGACCUCCGUGAACGUGGCUGCUCACAAAAAGGUCACGUUUGAGCUCACAUAUGAGGAACUGCUGAAACGCAGGCUCGGCAAGUACAAGCUGCAAAUCCACGCUCAACCCAUGCAGCCUGUCAAAGACUUCAAGGUUGAUGUGCACAUUAAUGAGCAAGCCGGCAUCAAUUUCAUCGAGGUUAAAGGAGGACUAAGCACAAAAUCUCUGGCUAAUGCCAUCACCAAGACACAUGCAGACAAACAGGCGUGGGUGUAUUUCUACCCGACAGAGGCUCAACAGAAAACGUGUGACAGCUGUGGAGAGCAGGGUAUGAAUGGAGAUCUGGUUAUCACUUAUGAUGUCAACAGGGACACCUCACUGGGAGACAUCAAGACUUCAGAUGGGUACUUUGUUCAUCACUUUGCUCCAUCUAGUCUUACCCGCAUACCAAAAAAUGUAGUCUUCGUUAUUGAUCGAAGUGGCUCAAUGCACGGCAGAAAAAUACAACAGACCCGAAUAGCCUUACUCCACAUCUUGAACGACCUGGCAGACGAGGACUAUUUUGGUCUAAUUACUUUUGCUAACUCGAUUAAUCACUGGAAACAAGAACUUGUUCAAGCCAACAAGAAAAACCUGGAAAGUGCCAAGACAUUUGCACGGGAUAUUAGAGACAGAGGAGGCACAGACAUUAACAAAGCAGUGUUGGAAGGAGCAAGUAUACUGAAUGCACACCCAAGAGAAGGUUCAGCGUCUAUCCUUAUACUUCUCACUGAUGGAGACCCAACCUCAGGGGUGACGAAUAUUGAAAUAAUCCAGUCAAAUGUCAGAGGAGCUAUUGCAAACAAAUUCCCACUCUACUGUCUUGGAUUUGGUUUUGAUGUCAAUUUUGAGUUCCUUGAGAAGAUGUCGCUGCAGAACAAUGGUGUGGCACGACGGAUUUAUGAAGACUCAGACGCUGAUUUACAGCUCAAGGGAUUCUAUGAAGAGGUGGCCACUCCCCUGUUGACAGAUGUGACAAUGAUCUAUUUAGGUGGGACUAAUCUCACCCAGACUAACUUCACCCAGUAUUAUAACGGCUCUGAGAUCGUGGUGGCCGGUCAGAUCACUAACAACGACGUUGAGACCUUCACUCCACAAGUUGUGGCCAUUUCGGGGAGGGGAAGGCUAAUGUUUUCUGAGACAAAUGCCACCGUGGAGUCCACUGGAACAGUGUCUAACAACCGCAUUCAGAGGGUUUGGGCCUACCUCACAGUCAAACAGCUUCUGGAAAAAGAGCUGCUGUUAUCUGGACCUGAGAAGGAGAAUGUAACGAAAGAGGCCUUGGAGCUGUCACUGAAGUACAGCUUUGUGACGCCCCUCACAUCCAUGGUUGUCACCAAGCCUCAGGGGGAGACCACAGACGUGCUCCAUAAACCCAAGGAAGGUGAAACCUCACAGGCACAGCCCCGUGUAACGCAUCAUCGAUCCAUGACAUAUCUUUCUGCACCACAUGUUAUGCCAGCACCUGUUAUGCCAGGACUCUACAGUAGACAACUUUACCCAAUCUACCCUGACAUCGAUGCACUUCCAAAACCACGAACUGGUAUACUAGGACAAGCUGGUAAAGCAGGACAGUAUGAUGAAGAACAUCUCCUAACCUCAUUACUUAAACCAGGACGAAGGAAUAGACAUCGGACACAACGUAUUAUGUCUAUUGAUACGGGUGCUGCUCCUGUCCUCAUGACAACGAGAGCUACCUUGGUUGUACAAGCCGUAACAGCUAAUGCUCCUCUUUCUCACAGGUUUUUGAUAAAAACUGAGAAUAUGUCUCUUCCACUGUGCUUUGAUGUCACUGGAGACGUUCGCCUUAAACUACUUCAUCAUCCCAGCACAGAGCUGUCUGUGAAUGGUGAGCUUGAUUCAGUGGCGUACGGAGGCUUCAAAAAGAUUGUCAUCCACUUCAAGGCUGACCUGCAAGUUGAGGUUGACACCAAUGAAAUCACUGUACGCGAGGGACAGACAUUGACACGCCACACUGGACAGGAUCAUAUCACAGCUGCAAGUUUGACAGUGAUUAGGCGGGACAAGGAAAUAGAUGUUACAGCUGGAGACACACGAAUAGUCAUCUUAAUCCAUGUGAAGGAUGGUACAGAAUUCCUCUGGCCAGUUGUAAGACAGCAGCCAUCGGACAACAACACUGAAGGAAUUUUAGCUCUGAAGCCCGCAGUGUAUGAGGAGGUGCAACAAACUCCUUCAACAAAACUUAAGAUCAAAGACCAGGAGACUGACGUUACCAGGUCCAAUGCUGUUGACUACAGUAUCGUCUCUCACCCGACACUGGACUGCUGGCUCAUGCCUGCUGAGUCAGCCCUGCAGAGACGCCUCGAUGAUUUCACUGUUGCACAACUUUAACUGGGAACCAUGAUGAAUCACUUGGAAAGAUUUCAUUUAAAGGAAAAAUGAGGCAAACGCUAAGAUUAAAUAAACAGUAUACCAGCUCUU